AUGGCUCAGGGUCUGGACGAGCUUGUUGAGUGGCUUGUCGGGGAGGUUUCAUUUUAUGGCGAUGGAUGUCCCCUGUCUGAGCUGAUCGCUGCUGUCAUCAGAUUUCAGGAAAACGACUACGAUAAGCCGAAGCACACUCCCGGCGACAAUGGCGACCAGGAGCCAGGAGAGAAGCCAACCAGGGCACCGCCUACGGAAGCUCAGCUGAAGCUAGUGCGACUUGCUUGGAAGUGGCUCCUAGGCACUGGUGAAGUCAGCAUCGGUCCUGAAGGCGAGUGGAAUCGCCUCACUUUUGAUGAGAUCAUGUCUAUCCCGGAGGAUGCCGGUGGGCAAGCCGUCUCGCUACCGGAAGAUGAAAAGUCCAAGGUUGUCGUCACCAGUGCCACGCUGAAGCACAAGAAAUUGCCUAAAGUGCGGCCUCGCAUCUUCGUCGGAGAAGAGACCAUCUGGAAGACACUCACCGGUCACAGUAUUGACUACAAGCGUGUGCCUAAUCUCGAGUGGAAGUGCUUGGUUGUCAUUGGUUCAACAAAGGAGGAUGGCAUCCUCCAGGGCGAUCUCAACAGAGCCACCGGCCAAGAUAAACGUUCUGUCCCUAAGAGAACCGACUUCCUCACACAAAAGGGAUAUAUCGCAAAGCGCACUCACAUGGUCAGAGGCAUGAAGACCAGUAAGCUUUGGCUAACAAAGUUCGCUCCUGCGCUACCUGUGCCGUCAAAUCCUCUCGGCGGCAAGGACUUGUCUCGGGUCUCAUUGACUCGAGACAUGCAGCCUGUUGCGUGGCACCAACAGUGGACCGGCAAGGACAAAGAAGGCAGGCCGGAGAUCCACUACAUGGCACUGGGUCAGACCAUCAUUGCUAUCACCAAGGCAUGGGGCACUCUUCGGAUUAGAGAUCUGAAGGCCAAGCUAGGGAUACUGGGGAAGAAAUGGCAGAUGAAGGUCAUGUCCAGAUUCCUUCGACGAUUUCACAAACUGGGCAACGUCACUUACGUUGCUGCGACUUUUGCCGGCGAUAAACAUGUUUUCAAGGACUGUGUCAGGUUUGCGAGGGAUCCUACAGAAUCCGACUGGAGGCUGCUUCUGGCCACCGGGAAGAAGACUUCGCGCUACACGAAUCAGGGGAAGGACAAGCAGCCGAGGGCCAAAUCAAAGGCAAAGGGCAGCAAAGGAAGAGGGAAGAAGGCGGCAAAUCCUGCCAAGCCCGCUGUCAAAAUUCUCAGGAAGAAACCCAAGCUGAGACUCGGCGCCACCAUGACUGGCUGGGUUCCUGAGAAGCCACUGGCAAAUACAGUUGCCGACUUUGUCCUUACUGGAGGCGCCCGUGGCUACUCGACCCCCGAGAUCAGCACCGACACUGUUGGCUACGUGUUCCGCCGGCAUAUGUUUACCCACCUGAUUAACUUGAGUAAUGGAGAAGUUCAACCACCCGGACUACGAGAGUACCAAAUGAGCAAGGAGUUAGUCAAGGCGGGGAACACAAAACAAUACAUGUUCUCCAUAGCCGGAGGUCGAAAAGUCAAGACAUCUGACGAGACUGAUGAAAAAUUCAUUAUUGAUCCGGCUCUGCGACAAAAUGACAGCAAUACGGAUCCUGCGAGCCAGAAUAUCGAAGAUGCCUUUCAGUUCGGAUCCAUCGACCCAAAAGUGUUUGCCCAAGAAGGGUCAUCGUCUCUCACGCAAUUGAGUCGCAUGGAGCCGGGAAAACAGACCAAGCCCCGCCGAUCUUAUGGUGGCAGAAGAUCAAAAGUCCACGUGGCUGUCGAAGGCGCUCAAAUUACAGAGGCAGCAGAGAAUGCAGAUGAGGAGCAACUAGAAGGCGAGCAUGGAGACAAGACAAAUGCGAUAGCUCCGCCACCGCGCGCCAGAAGAGGUCGACCUCCCAAAGCCAAGGUUCAAGCCAAUAGCCACGAGGCAGAGGAGCCUCCAGCCAGUAGACCAUCCAGGAAGCGCAAGGCGUCCCAACGUGCAUCGUACUUGGAAAACCUUAACCUGGAGGAUGAAAACUCGGAGAUUGUGGAUGACGUUUCUGCUGUUGAGGGACGACCUAAGCGUAGAGCGGCGAUGAAGGAAAACCUGUCCCGGGAGGAUGAGAACGAUGAACCAGAUGAUGAGCCAGAGGACGAACAAGAAGAUGAAUCUGCAGAAGAGCAGGACAGAAGCAAGCCUGGUGUUUACAUAGGCAUACCUGGUUCGCUCAAUCCUGAUCCUCACAGGAAAGGCCGGCCGCGAAAGUCUAUUGUCAUCAUCUUCAGAUCGGACAAAUUAAAAGAGCCAGGCUAUCUUCCAGGGUGGAUGGAUUAUCCCAAGCCACCCCCAGCGUCACACCAAUCCGAGGUCAGUCGCGCACCAUGGAAGAGCCCAACUCGGCCACCACUCUCAGUCGAUUUUGUACCGGCUGGUCCUUCUCAGGCCAUUUCCUCCAAGAAGGUAGUAGAUCAGACUCCGAGCACCGCAAUUGAUCCAACUGAUCCAACUGAGCCUGCGGUCACUAUCUCGCAGCAACAGAAAUUGACUCAAGAAGCCACCGAAGAUGGUGAGGGUACCAUUGUUGUGCAAAGUCUCGGUGUCAGUGCACAAAGCCAGGAAGCCGAGGAAAGCCAAGAAGGUCAACAGGAGUCCAGCAACGAUCUUGCGGUCUACAGCGCCUCCUCGGCCCCGUUAGAGCCAUUAUCAGCAGCUAGGGCUCCCACGAAGACGGAGAGACAACCUAGAAAACCUAAGCUUGACAAGUACGUCUGCGAGCAGUGUGGUGGAACAUGGAAAAACGACAUCGGUCUCAAAUAUCAUCUCGAGAAGGCCAAGGUGCCUUGCAAUCCAUUCUACGCUGAACAUCCAGAGCUAAUGGUCAAGGCGAAACCUGUCCGCGCCAGCCGGGCAACCUUUGGAACUCCCGAGCCUCGCGAUGAAGCUGCCAGCCCGGGCAGCAGCGGUCAGAGCAGUGUAGGUGCUUCGCCUUCGCCACGAACUCCCAGGUCUGUCCGUAUACCCAGGAAGAAGAAACCUCUUGCUCCUAAAUUCGUUGACCAGAACGACCCUGCAAAUCACCGUACCGUUCUCAAGCAGCGGAGUGCUCUCAGAAAUAGCCAGUUUGGAGCGUCGGGAGUAUCAGCCCCCCGCGGGCUCAAAGGCUCGGAAGCUGCGGCGAAGGAUGCGGCAAACACGACUCAGACUGCUACGGAAGAGGAGAUCACCGUCACUGCAGAGCCAAGCGCAACCGAGAUUGUCGUGAACGACCAUACAGCGCUCAACAAUCCAGAGGAAGCUGAACCAGAUGAGGACCUGCCUUAUCUUGCGCACAUCCGUGCUGAGAAACCGAAACAGCAGCCAGAGCAUUCAGUCAGCCACUUGCCAGAGCUUGGACCUGAAAGCCGAGCAUGGCAACAUCAUACCGAAGCGGCUCAAGAGUAUUCAGAGGUUCAGGCUGUGGAACAAGACUCGAGCCUACUCCCAACGAGCAUGAACCAGGCGUACUCUGAGUCUUCUGCUGCAAUGAAUGAUGUGCCCGUCUCGUAUGAACCCUACCCUCUUGGGUUGCUUGAGCAGACGACACAAGAGGCCACAAGUGGCAGAAUGGACUUCACUGCCGAAUCUCACGGGGCCGUAUUGUCAUCGAGUACACAAUCUGUUACCAGAUCACGGAGGCCCUUGCCAGUACAACGACCAGCUGUCCCAGCCGAAACUGACGUGAUGCCGCUGCAACGAGACGAGCAACAAGCUGGAGUCUUUCAAAACCAAAUUCCGCCGUUUCGUCUGUCACCGACGGACUUCAAAGCUCGGACGGCCAAGGAGGUGCGUUCGCACAAGAUCGAGGAAAUAAUCCGGUAUCUUCUCGCCAAUAAUGGCGGGGUAUUUCCGAGUGGCAGAGCCUUAUUCUACGCCAUUCUGAAGAUUUACAUCAAAGAAUGGCCGGAUCUGCCCCUGCCAACAACGGUUGGUGUUACUAGAGUGGUUAAUAGGCUACAAGAACAACAAGAGAUCAAGGAGAUGUCCUCAGCGUACAAAUCACCUACUGAGCGCCUCUGGACGACUUUGGUCAUGCUUACGUUGAACCAUAUCGACCCCAACGGCUUGGUGGCAGGAGAUCUCAAGAAGAAGAUGAAGGCCGCACAACCAGACGUGUAUAUCCCACCAGCGUUUGCCCCUGAUGAGAGCGAGAAGGCGCACUUCAAGAAGCUGGACAUACUUCCCGCUGAGCGUGGCAAAGGCCCCGGUAGACGAGACCACAAGCUCGAAGAGGAAAUUGUCACUUUCGACGCGCCUUUCUAUCUUCAAAAGGGCCUUGCUGGUGUGCGACCACGUAACCGCCCGCGUGCGAUUCAGUCUGAGGAUGAAGACUCCAAUGCUGGAGAUGGUGAUUCCGAAGCCGCCGAGACAGCUCCUCCACCCCGUCGCCGCGGCCGGAAGCGAGCCGCGGAAGGCCCGUCUCCUGAGACAACCCCAGUCAAGAAGUCAAGAAGAGGGAGGAAACCCCGCAACAUGGUUUCUUUUGAUGCAGCUGGUGAUAAUGGAUAUCCGCCGCCAGGGUCAAUCAUGCCGCACAAAUACAGUAUUGAUGAAUCCCAGGCGACAAAUCCUGGAUUGGGGUCUUUGCCUCCUUCAUUCUUCUCGGGAACUGCCAGUGCACCUACUAGUAGCUAUACUGCUCCGAGUAAAGUGCAGUUCCUCGAACCAAACACCCGUCUGGAAGAGGAAGACGAGCCAGAGCUCGAAGCCGAGAGCAACGAUGCGACUCCCGAAAAUGACGCAGCGCAUGAGCAUGAAGGGUAUUUCCUGCAUGCCGCAGGGGAGGGCUCAUUCACGAGUACCAUCGAGCUCGAGUCGGCAGGAAAGGGUGUCUGGCCGAGCAUCCCAAAUCAGUGGUUUGAGGCCAACGACGGCAGUUUCACCAUGAAAGGCUGGUUUCCACAAGCUCGAGAGCUUCUGAAGGAGCACCUGCCCAAGAGCAUGGAGCAAAUGGCUUAUAAGAUCACCAGUCACUGCAAAACCGACAAGUGGGCAGACCCUGCUUAUGGCCAAUUUGUCACCAGCGUGGACGGCUGUAUGUCCUGGGAGCUUUCAGAUCAGGGUCAUAGGUCCAUGUCGGGCACUAUCGCUCCAGACUAUGUCUUCAUCUGUUUCACGUCAAGCCCUGCAGUCUCCAACAUGGCGCCGUGUAUACCAGAGUGGCGUGAUAGCAACAACUGGACUCUCGACUCAAUCCCUUACGAGAGGUUGGUAGGUGAUGAAGAAGAAGCGGCCAAGUCGUCAGAGACUGCCGAACCGUACGGCAUCACUCCAAAUACUGAGCGAGGCGUGCGUCGGGGACCUGGUAGACCACGGAAGUACCCACCAUCUGUGCGUGAAGGACCACCACGAAAAUAUGUCAGGAAACAGCCGAAGGACGAAAGCAUCCGCGAACUGAAACUUCAGCGCGAGCUUACCGCCUACCCAAGAGAACCUGGUGAAUAUUUCCGUCAAAAGGGACAGGAAGACCCUGAAGUUGACUGGAAGGCUGAGGACACCCGCAUUGCGGCAUAUGUGGCAGUGUCAACACUCUUGGGUGGUAUCAACAAGGCCAUGGAUUGGGGUAUCAUGAUGAGGAUCUUCCCAGACUCGAAGCUAUCAAACCUGCGCAAAUUCUGGGCUACUAUCAAGAAGGAGCGGGAAGGUUUCAUCCAGAACUUGACUGCCAAGUUUCAGGAGGACUUCCUCGAGGCCUAUGAGAAUGGUGAUCUGCCUGCGAUUGACUUCAACAAGGCUCUGGAGUAUGAUUGGCUCCGACUUGUGAAGUGGACGCUCGCUCUUGUCGUGAGAGAGGGCAUCGAUUUGCCGCCAAACAUGCCACAGUUCGACGAAGAGCUGGAGCUGGUUCCCGUUGAAAGGGGAGAGUUUGACUGGCGGGACAGCUACUACCACUGGCAGAGGUCCGUCUUUAACAAAUUUCAGGACGCUGCUGCGGAGCCAGCUUCGACAGUCCUGGACAAGCAGGAGAAGAUGGAAGAUGCAGAUUCGACAAUUGCACGCUCCUGGGUUCGUGCACUCUGCUGCACUGACUCGGACAAGUACACGCCUCUUAGUAUCAAGAAGAAAUUCCUCACCCUCGCUCGAGGCGGUCAGCGUUCUGAGCAGGAGAUCAGCGAUCUUCUUGAACAGACCAUACGCGACCUGGAGCAUAGGCGCAUCGCCAUCAAGCAGAAAUCUCAAGCUCUCGCUACGGGUCGACCUUACAAGCUCAACGAGCAUUUCCUGCGCACGCUAGACCGCUUUUCCAACGAAGACAAGUUCUCCGUCGCCGCAGGUUUCAAGAUCAAGAUGGACGAGGCUUUCCGCAAGGGCAAAGCUGUGGAAAUCCCUUGGCGCACUGAGGAUGGCAUGGUCAUCGCGGCGUUCAACCUGCAGGCUUAUGGGCGGGUGCGUAUCGAGCCUAUCAAGAAGCUCAACGUCCCGUUCGGUUUCAAGCCAGGCUUCUACGAAUCGCGCAAGUUUCCCAAGUCCUACUACCGCUUUGAUUUGCAGGUAACUCCUACUUCUCGAUACAUGUACAACGAAGAAAUUGAGAUUCUAUGGAAGGCAACUGACGACUCUGUCAUUCCCGGCGGUGGCGAGGACGGCAUUUUGCCAAUGUGGUGCGACUUCUUUGGCAAGCCUGACCGGCUCCGCUGGUUCAAGAUGCUGUCAGCGGUGCUUUUUGUGCUAGGAUGCCGUGGUGCAAUGACGGACGAAUUUGCAGCGCAGGCACUACGUCCUUGCAUCGAGAUAUUCGAGGUCGAGAUGAUCCGGAAGUGGGCUCUCGAAAUGGGUAUAGUCAGGGAGAUCACUGAGGGAUGCAGCGCUGUCAGCGUCUCCGAGUGGUGGUGGUUGAUCUGCGGCCUGCCUGUGACCCAGGCGAACAACCCCAAGGCCGAUGCGCACGACCAAUACUCCGGAUGGCACAAGCGAAGGUGGCGGGGACAAUAUCGAGUGCACUAA